AUGCGCGGCGGCAAGGGAUCGGGCUUCCCUGUCCGUGUCCCGCGGGUUGGGGUGGCCGCAGAGCACGCGGACUGCUGCCACAAGAUGAACUCGCUUCGGAAAGGGGCAGUGGCGGCGCAACGAGGGAGCGCUGUAGGCGGUUGUGGAGCUUGUGUUGUCCUUAUAGCGAAGCAUAACCCGAAGACGGAAGAAGUGACUGAAUUUACUGCAAGUUCAUGCCUGACACUUCUUUACAAUAUAAAUUUCUGUUCAAUUAUCACUACUGAGGGUCUGGGGAAUUCCCGAGAUGGCUUUCAUGCUGUUCUGGAAAGGAUGUCUGGGUUUCAUGCCUCUCAGUGUGGCUUCUGCACUCCUGGAAUGUGCAUGUCUAUUUUCACUUCCCUUAUCAAUGCUGACAAAUCCAAGAGGCCUGAACCACCAAAGGGGUUCUCAAAGCUAAAAGUAUCAGAAGCAGAAAAGGCUUUCUCUGGCAACUUGUGCAGAUGCACUGGUUACCGUCCAAUUGUUGAUGCCUGCAAAAGUUUUGCAUCAGAUGUUGACUUGGAGGAUUUGGGCCUUAAUAUAUUCUGGAAGAAAGGUGAUAGGAACCGAGAUGUUAGUGAAUUGCCAAGUUACACUCUUGGUGGCGGAGUCUGCACCUUCCCAGACUUUCUAAAAGCUGAGCUAAAAUCUUCGCUUGAUCAUCUGAAUAAUCCUUAUAUUGCAGCCUCCAGGGAGGGUUGGUAUCAUCCGAGAAGUAUCAAAGAGUAUUAUGAGUUAAUAAAUUCUUCUUUUUUUAGUGACUCAGUCAAAGUGGUUGUUGGGAAUACUAGCAGUGGUGUACCAGGAUACAAGGAUCAAGACCUCUAUAGUAAGUAUAUUGACAUAGGAGGUAUUCUAGAACUUUCAAAUAUUCUAAGGAUGGAGUCUGGCUUUGAAAUUGGAGCAGCUACACCAAUCUCUAGGACCAUUGAGAUACUUGAGGAAGAAUGUGAAUCUAUAUCCUCUCCAAACGGAAGUGUGGUUUUCAGAAAACUUGCGAACCACAUGAGCAAAGUUGCUACACCUUUUGUUCGUAACACAGCUAGUAUUGGAGGAAACAUAGUUUUGGCGCAAAAAUUCCCAUUUCCAUCAGACAUUGCAACCAUACUCCUUGGUGCUGGUGCAACUGUUUGUCUUCAGGCUGUUGCAGAACGGAGACAAAUUACUUUGGAAGAGUUCCUAGAGCAGCCUCCUAUAGAUGCUACUACUUUACUCCUGAGCAUAUUUAUUCCACAUUGGAUUUCAGAUUCUGGGACAAAUACAAGUUUGUUAUUUGAAACUUGCAGAGCAGCGCCUCGUCCUCUUGGCAAUGCUGUUUCAUAUGUAAAUUGUGCUUUCUUGGGGCACGCUUCUGUGGAUGAACAAUCAGAUACUCUUGUAUUGAGUAAUAUGCGGUUGGCUUUUGGUGCAUAUGGAACAGAACAUGCUAUUAGAGCAAAGAAGGUGGAGGAAUUCCUUACUGGUAAAGCACUCACCGCUUUGGUUGUACUUGGUGCAAUUAAAUUACUUAGAGAAACGGUUGUACCAAUGGAGGGAACUUCACAUCCUGAAUAUAGAGUCAGUGCAGCUGUUGGAUUUCUCUUCAGUUUCCUAUCUCCGCUUUCUAAAGGCAUCCAAGAGCCUGGAAAGUCUCUGGGCAGUAGUUCUGCUGAUUCAGCAGAUACAGAUGAUGUCCGGGAGGCAGUAUAUGUGGAUGAUAUUCCUUCUCCAAAGAAUUGCCUCUAUGGAGAAUUUAUUUACAACACACGACCCCUUGCUUAUGCCAAAAGUAUAAAAUUCAAGUCUUCUUUAGCAUCAGAGAAGCUCAUCUCUUUUGUUUCUGCAAAGGAUAUUCCAAGUGGAGGACAAAAUAUUGGAUCAUCCUUCACGUUUGGUGACGAACCACUAUUUGGUUAUCCGAUUGCUGAGUAUGCUGGUCAAGCUCUUGGCAUUGUGAUUGCAGAAACACAAAGGUAUGCUGACAUGGCAGCCAAGCAAGUUAUUAUUGAAUAUGACUCGGAAGAUUUGAGCCCACCGAUCAUAACUGUGGAGCAAGCAGUGGAAAAGAGUAGCUACUUUGAUGUCCCCCCAGAAUUGUAUCCUAAAGAAGUUGGUGAUGUUUCCAAGGGCAUGGCAGAAGCUGAUCACAAGAUCCCAUCAACAGAAGUAAAACUUGCCUCUGAGUACUACUUCUACAUGGAAACGCAGACAGCACUAGCAGUUCCAGAUGAGGAUAACACUUUGGUAGUCUACAGUUCGUCACAGUACCCUGAACUUGCACAAAGUGUCAUAGCAAGGUGCCUAGGUAUUCCAUUCAGCAAUGUGCGUGUCAUUACAAGAAGGGUUGGAGGAGGCUUCGGUGGAAAGGCAUUCAGAUCAUUCCAAGUUGCAACAGCAGCUGCACUUUGUGUGUACAAGUUACGACGCCCUGUACGAAUGUACCUUAAUCGCAUCACUGAUAUGGUUAUGAUUGGUGGUAGGCACCCAGUGAAAGCUCAUUAUUCUGUCGGAUUCAAGUCUGAUGGGAAAAUUACGGCCUUGCAUCUAGAUUUAUUAAUUAACGCUGGGAUAUCUCCAGAUGCAAGCCCCAUGAUACCAGGCACUAUUAUAUCUAGUGUCAAGAAGUACAACUGGGGUGCUCUGUCAUUUGACAUCAAGCUCUGCAAAACAAAUAAUUCAUCUAAAUCUGUAAUGCGUGCUCCUGGAGAUACACAAGGCUCUCUAAUUGCAGAUGCUGUAAUUGAGCAUGUUGCGUCUGUCCUGUCAGUGGAUGCGAACAGCGUGAGGGAAAAGAAUUUUCACACCUAUGAUACCCUUCAGUUGUUCUACCCAGAUAGUGCGGGCGAAACUUCUACGUACACAUUGCAUUCUAUUUUUGAUAGAGCCAAGGCCGGCCCAGGAAGGGUUUCCGUGCUCAAUGAUGGCUCCAUAGUGGUGGAGGUUGGAGGAAUUGAAAUCGGGCAAGGUCUGUGGACAAAAGUACAGCAGAUGACUGCCUUUGCUCUGGGAAAAUUGUGGCCUGAUGGAGGUGAAAGUCUUCUUGAGAGAGUGCGUGUUCUACAGGCUGACACCUUGAACUUAAUACAAGCCACCCUUCAGGCAUGCAAUAUGCUGUUUGAUAGAUUAAAGCCAGUCUUGGAUAGGCUGCAGCAGCAAUCAGAAAAUGUCUCAUGGGAUACUUUGAUUUCUCAGGCAAUGCGUACUGGGUACCUGGCCAAGUUUCUAAUAAGUACCUUAACUAUGGAGCUGGUGGAGAUUGAUCUUCUUACAGGAGCAAUUACUUUAAUAAGGGGCGAUCUUGUGUAUGACUGUGGGAAGAGUUUGAACCCUGCGGUGGACUUGGGACAGAGUACAGACUAUAGUUUUGGACUGGAUGAGGGUAAUAUAAUUUAA